CGCGGAGUCUUAACCACCGGACCACCAGGGAAGUCGGGGAAAAGUUGUCUUGUAAUAAGAAGUUAAAUACUAACAAAACAACAUUUUUGAGGACUUGGUCUGUGCCAGGUCAGCUUCUCCUUCCUGCCACAAAUGGCUGAAGAAGCCCUCUCCUACAGGUGUCUCCAAGUGGGCGGUGAGAAGCAUUGGUCCUCAAGAUGACUUAGAUGGUGGCCUGGGUGAGUUAUUUCACCUCCAUAAUCUCAGUUUCCCCCUCUAGGCCUUAAAUAAUAACAAAUUACAUGGGAGAAAGCUAUUCCCUUUUCAGUUCCAAUAACCUCAAGGGGAAAGUCUUCGCUGGGGGCUACACUUGCACGUGUGUAUAAUUCUUGCUGACUUCCCCCUUUUAAGAACAAUAAGUCCUCUUGGUUUUCUUUCCAGACUAUAUCCCAAAUCCCGCCCUUCCUACCACGUCCACUGCCACAACCUGAGUGCAAGCGCUGCUUACUGGCCUCCUGACCUCCAUGCUUGCUUGGCUAAAUUCAGUUCUCUACCCAGUAGCCAGUGUGCUCUCUCUACAGCUCAAAUUCAGUUAUGUCACAACUGUUUAAAAACCUUCAUCUGCAAUGGAGGUAAAAUCCAAACUACUCAUUUUGGCCUACAGGCCUCUGUAUCCCACCUGCCUCAGUGCCCCCAUCUCCCUCUGUUCCCCCUCCUCCUGGCCUUCUGUCUACCACUCACACAAAGCCUCUCUUUACACCCACUAGAAAUGGUUGGUCCCCCCGUCCUUGUAACUGACUCCUUCUCAUCAUUUAGGCCUAGAUUCAAAUGUCACCUCCUGGGAGAGGAGUUCCCCAACACUGUAACUUCAGCAGCUCCACCUGUCUCAUUCUCUACCCAGCCACCUGAGCUCCCUGGUACUAGUCUGCACUCAGCUACAGUAUCUAUCUUUUGUCUUUCCUACCACAGUUGGGCUGUAAGCUCCUGAAGGGCAGGGACCAACUCAGUCUUGGUCAUUUUAGUAUCUCCUGGGCCUGGCACAGUACCUGACCAACGGCAGGCAUUAAACACACAUUUGUUAAUUGACUGAGAGUGACACUCAGGGCUCCUGGCAAGAGCCUCCUCUUGAGAAAAGGGGGGACACCUUCCUGCCCUCAAAGUCCUGUUUUCUAGAUAGAGAUUCCCCUGCCUGUAGGUGCUUACGAGAUUUUGGGGGGUACACAAAUUCCACCUUACUUAUUUUUUUUUUUUUGGCCCUGCAGCACAGCAUGCAAGAUCUUUGUUCCCCAAGCAGGGAUUGAACCAGAGUCUUAACCAGUGGACCGCCAGGGAAGUCCCCAAAUUCCACCUUAAGUAACAUUAAAUCAUAGCGUGAGAAAGUGGAUCUUCUGUUCUCUGUGAAUUUUUCUGAUUACAUAAAAGAAAAAUUCUGUUAGUGUUACUCCUUAUCAGUUUUCCAACACUUGCUAAUCUCUGAUUUUUACAAAGUCCACAGUCUUACAGUUUUCUACAGACAUCAGUAUGUAGCUAGAUUAUAACAUUAUACUAUUUUCACUAUAGAGUUCAUAGAUGCUUUCUAUUAAAGUGGGAAGUGAUUUAAGGUAAUGUUAUGGUGUUCCUCUUUCAAAUAAAUGUAUUAGGCUUUUUUAAAAAGUAAAUUGGUUUAAAGACAUCAAAUAUAGGUGUAUGUGUAUGUGGCCAAGGUUGUGAAGGUGGAGUGCCAAUGGCUACAGUUGGAGAAUCACUGUUCCAGGUAGAGCAGCCCUUUAUGGAACACUAACUGGCCCCAAAUGAGCCCCUGGGCUGAGUGACAUUUAGUUGGUUUUUUAGUGAUAUGAGAAGUUAUUCAGCUGGUGUGAAUGAGGGGCUGGAGCCUUCCUCCUGGACCUCAGUGCAUGAAUUUGUCCAUCUCAGUCUAUUUUCCUCCAGCGUAGGGCCUUUGUUCUUUUCUGUGACUUCUGUGGUCGUGGGUAGAGAAUGGUGGGUUCUGAGACACAAAAUACUUAAUAUCCUGGUGUCAAAGUUUCCUAGUGAAGUCAGGUCCUGGGCUCUUCUUUGUCAGUCUCAUAAUCAGCUUUUAUUUGUCGAUGCACCAAAUAACCUAGUGCACAGCCUGACCACUGAAAGUUAGAGCUCACCUAUGUAAAUUCUGAAGUAAAAAAAAAGAAAAGAAAAAUUGGUCUUCCACAGCCCCAAGCACCCUCUACCCUCCCUGUCAAUCUGACCUCCAAAUGGACGGAGUCAUGUACAUAAAAUAUGCAACAAGUCCACAUCUUGGACUCAAAAUGUGCCAACUUUGUGUACGUUGUUUCUGCAGUGUGGUAUUGUAAUAUCCAACUUCUCUGUAAGUCAGACAUGCAGCAAACUUAAAUAUUUGGCUCAAAAGCCGUGUAACUUUGGCCAAGUUGCUUAACCUCUCUGAGCUUUAGUCUCUACUUCCUUGUGCUAUUUUAAGAUUAAAUAAGAUAAUUCAUGCAAAGCACGGGGUCUGCCUCAAUGUAAGUAUUCAAUAAAUGGCUAUUCACAGUUUUAUUUUGCAUCUCUUCAAUCUUAGCCCACAAAGGCUGCUCUCCAGUUUUAUUAAGUUCGUAAAUCUCGGCUGCUUCCCUCCACCCUUCGCACCAAUUCAUUCCUUCACCAGAGCCAUGCCUUGUGCCGGAUGCAGGAAUCAAACCAGGUCCCUACCAUUGCCAAGCCCACAGGCGAGAAGGAAAGAGAAACUCCUAAAGCGAGCAAAUGGCUGUAAUCGAGGUUUCUUUUCAGUGUUCUAAGGGGCGAAUGGGUAGGGGACGACUAAUUGUCUGAGACUUAGUGGUGGCUGUAUGUGUGGGCGGGGGAGGGCGUCAUUCAGGCAGCGCUUUCCCGUAUAAAGCAUGGUCACGGGAGAGGGAGCGGACUGUUGGUGCACUCCUAAGGACUGUGCGUUAUCUGCGGGAGGCGGCAGGAUCCAGGGCCUGGAGGGCCUUGAACGCCCGGCCACGAGACCGGGGUUCCAGCUAUUGGCGAAAGUAACCCGGAGAAGCUUCUGCCCAGGAGUGAGGCUUCGGCCCGGCCAAGUCACCUUGCAGGAGGGUAGCAACACAAAAGCAGAAGGAGGACUCCCGCCCGGCCGGACUGGAAAAACCCCGGUAGUUGAGGGCGGAAGUAACCGCAAGCCCGUGACAGAACCGCGGAAGAACUCCCGGCGUUCUCUACGUCCGGAGGAGCCGGAAACUCCCAGCACUAGGUGGGUGAGCCCGGCGGCACGGCGGCGGCCAAGGGAGCGGGGCCGGCUCUCUAAAGGCAGCUGAUUGGUCGGCCCCCGGCGGCGGCGUUGGCGGCUGCGCGUGGAAUUGUCACCUCGGCCUGGGAAGAUGGAAGAGCUGAGUCAAGCCCUGGCUAGUAGCUUUUCUGUGUCUCAAGAUCUGAACAGCACAGCUGCCCCACACCCCCGCCUGUCCCAGUACAAGUCCAAGUACAGUUCCUUGGAGCAGAGUGAGCGGCGCCGCCGGUUACUGGAACUGCAGAAAUCAAAGCGGCUGGAUUAUGUGAACCAUGCCAGAAGACUCGCUGAAGAUGACUGGACAGGGAUGGAGAGUGAGGAAGAAGAAGAAAAGAAAGAUGAUGAGGAAAUGGACGUGGACACUGGCAAGAAGUUACCAAAACGCUAUGCUAAUCAAUUAAUGCUGUCAGAGUGGUUAAUUGACGUCCCUUCAGAUUUGGGUCAGGAAUGGAUUGUGGUCGUGUGCCCUGUUGGAAAAAGAGCCCUUAUUGUGGCCUCCAGGGGCUCUACCAGUGCCUACACCAAGAGUGGCUACUGCGUCAGCAGCUUUUCUUCCCUUCUGCCAGGAGGCAACAGGCGAAACUCAGCAACAACAAAAGACUACACCAUUCUGGACUGCAUUUACAGUGAGGUGAACCAGACCUACUACGUUCUGGACGUGAUGUGCUGGCGGGGACACCCUUUUUAUGACUGCCAGACUGAUUUCCGAUUCUACUGGAUGCAUUCAAAGUUACCAGAAGAAGGACUGGGAGAGAAAACCAAGCUCAAUCCCUUUAAAUUUGUGGGGCUAAAGAAUUUCCCUUGUACCCCUGAGAGCCUGUGUAAGGUGCUGUCUAUGGAUUUCCCUUUUGAGGUAGAUGGGCUUCUCUUCUACCACAAGCAGACCCACUAUAGCCCUGGAAGCACUCCUCUGGUGGGCUGGCUGCGCCCCUACAUGGUGUCAGAUGUUCUUGGCGUAGCUGUGCCAGCUGGCCCGCUGACUGCCAAGCCAGAAUAUGCUGGGUACCAGCUCCAGCAGAUUAUUGAGCACAAGAGGAGCCAGAAGGAGGGAAUAAAGAAGAUACUCACACACAAGUCCUCUGAGAAUGGACGCUAUGAGUUGGAGCACCUGUCUACCCCCAAGCUGAAGAGCCCUCCCCAUAGCCCCAAGCACCCAGGGAGCCUCAUGGAUAACUAGAGAGGACAGCGUCCUUUGGGAGUCACAGGAUGGGGGUUGGUCCCAGAAGGAAGGCUGGGGAGGAGGACAGUGACGAGAACAAGAUGACUUCAUUUUAGAGCAGACUUUCUAAAGCCACUCCAGCUGGAAACAGCUUAUCUCCUAUCUGAAGUGCUGGCUUUAACAGUUGGGGGAGGUUUCCAGAUUGGGCAGUCUUUGCAUUUGAGCAGCAACUCCUGUGAAAAUGUAUUUCAGAUCCACAAUGUAAAUAUAUGUAAUUCUUACGGAAGAAGUUGUUCGUGAUUGUUAAACUUUAUUUAUUUUA